AUGGAAAUUCACAGGUUUCUACGGACAUCCAGACACAUGAAAAGAAUUAGUAGUUGGCAACUGUUAAAGAUGCUCAAACCAACUAGCCCCAUAGCUUGGUUAUGUGCGGGGGAUUUUAAUGAGAUCCUCCAUCAAUGUGAAAAGAUAGGUGGAGCUAGUAGACCAUAUAAACAGAUUGAGGAGUUCAGACAAGCUGUGGAUUGCUAUGGUCUCAAUGACAUCCACUCACAUGGACAGGAAUUUACUUGGUCGAACAAUAGAAAUGGCAGGGAUUUUACAAAAGAAAAAAUUGAUAGGGCCUUUGGAAACAAGGAAUGGAAUGAUAUCUAUACCCAAGGAGUAUGCAAUGUUCUCCCUGCCAUUAUGUUUGAUCAUUCUCCCUUGUCAAUCAGCUUACAUAACACCAAUCAUGGGAUGAAGAAGAAAAGAUGGUGUUUCAGAUAUGAAUUGGCCUGGGAACUGAAGGAAGAAUGCAAGCAGGUGGUGAGUGAGGCAUGGCAGAAAACUUGUAUAACAGAUAGUAAGGCCAAACUACUAAGGACUAAGCUUGAAUUCUGCCAAAAGGAUCUGUUGACCUGGAGGCAGACACUAAAGCAACAAGAAGAGAUGGUUAUUUUAAAGGGGAAACAAAGCAUUGGGCAUCUUCAGAAUAUAGGUACAGGUGAGCACUUAACAACUAUGAAACUUAUUCAAGGGGAGGUGGUAUCAUCCAUAACAGCAAAUGAUUGCAAGUGGAAACAAAGAGCGAAACAACACUGGCUUAAACAUGGGGAUAGGAACACUCAAUACUUUCACAUGCAGGCAAACCAAAGAAGGAAAAUUAAUGCAAUCAAGUGCAUAGAGGACUCCCAAGGAAGAAGCGUUACAAAACAGUCAGAAAUUGGAGAGGUCUUCACAAGUUAUUUAUCCUCUCUUUUUACCACUUCCCAUCCUUCAUCUGUUGAACAAUGUUUGAUUGCACUGGAUACUAGACUAGAUAUGGACAUGAAGGCCUGGCUUUUAAAUCCUUUCACUAGGGAAGAAAUCAAUGCAACAGUAUUUCAUAUGAACCCCUUAGGGUUGCUAGGUCCUGAUGGGUUCCCUGCUCAGUUCUACCAAAAACAUUGGGAGGUAGUUGGUGACCAAGUGUGCAGUUAUGCUCUUAAGUUCCUCAAUCAUGGGGGCUUGCUCAAUGAUGUUAAUGAUACAUAUAUCUCACUCAUUCCCAAAGUCAAAAGUCCCAUAAAAGUAGCUGAUUACAGGCCCAUCAGUCUUUGUAAUGUAUUAUACAAGAUUGUGUCCAAAACCAUUGCUAACAGACUGAAAAAGAUACUGCCCCAGAUCAUUGCCCCCAACCAGAGUGCCUUUGUACCUGAAAGGCUAAUAUCUGACAAUACCAUGGUAGCCUAUGAGAUUCUACCCUCUAUGAACUCAAGAAUGCAAGGAAAAAAAGAAGCCCUCACUUCUCUUCUAAACCAAGCUGAGGCAUGUGGCAACUUAACUCCUGCUCCUAUUGGUAGAGGCCCAAUCACUGUGAACCAUCUUUUCUUUGCUGAUGACAGUCUCCUUUUCUGUCGAGCAAAGCAUGAGGAAAUCAAGUGUGUGCUAAAUAUCCUUGAUCUUUAUGAGAAAGGAUCAAGACAGGUACUAAACAAGAAUAAAUCUGCUAUUUUCUUUAGUAAGAACACUGCUCAGAUUACUCAGCAACAGAUAUUGCUGCUAGCAGGUGUCCAAUCCACAUCUAGCUUUGAAAGAUACUUGGGCCUACCUGCUUUGGUGGGUAAAAAAAAGAUUGUCUCAUUCCAUUCCCUAAUUGACAGAACCUGGACUCGAGUCUCUAACUGGAGGACUAAGUUUCUAUCUGCAGCAGGAAAGGAGAUUUUGCUCAAGGCAAUCCUUCAAGCCAUCCCCACCUAUGCAAUGGGAAUGUUCUUGUUACCAGUAUCCAUUACCAGGAAGUUAAACCAGAUUCUUAGGAAAUUCUGGUGGGGAUUCAAUGAAGAUUCCUCCAAAAUUCAAUGGGUUAAGUGGAAGGAACUCAGUGGCAGCAAAGAAAUGGGAGGCCUUGGCUUUAGAGAUCUAAGAUGUUUUAAUCUUGCUCUACUUUCAAAACAGGGAUGGAGGAUUCUUCAAAAUCCAACAUCCCUAGUGGCACAAGUGUUAAAGCAAAAGUAUUUUAACAAAGGAGACUUGCUUGAAGCAAAGUUGGGAACAAGGCCUUCCUUUGCAUGGAGAGGCAUUCAUGCUAGCUUAACUCUGUUAAAGAAAUGUCUCAUAUGGAGGGUUGGAAAUGGCCAGAAGAUCAACAUUUGGCAAGACAGAUGGAUUCCUUCACUACCUGCCCAAAAGAUCUUGACUCCUCGAGAAGCAGACUGCUGGUGUGACAAGGUUAGUGAUAUUAUUGAACCCCACCUGAAGCAAUGGCAGGAACCUCUCCUUUGUGAAUUGUUCACCCCUCAGGAAAUAGAAGGUAUCAAAGCCAUUCCCAUCAGUUUAGGGGGGAGAGAAGACAUACUUAUAUGGCAGCUCUCCCAGAAUAACAAAUACACAGUCAAAAGUGGUUACCAUCUCAGUAAAGAUAUGGAAAGAGAACAAGAAGGGGAAUCAUCACGCAAGAAAAGGGACUGCUAA